GUUUUCCGAAUGUAACAUCUAUUUUUAUUGGCCAAAAUUAACACGUGAUCAAAUCUGACUAGUGGAUAUUUUUGGCGCUCGAUAAUUUAUGCACAGUCUACGCGUCAUCUUGAAAGAAAGAACUACACUACUCCAAAAAUAAUCAUGCCUGGUGGAAAAGCUGGUAAAGAUUCCGGAAAGGCCAAGGCUAAGGCAGUGUCAAGGUCCGCAAGAGCUGGCUUACAGUUUCCAGUCGGACGUAUUCACAGGCAUUUGAAGAACAGAACCACUAGCCACGGUCGUGUUGGAGCUACAGCAGCCGUUUACAGUGCAGCAAUCCUUGAAUACCUGACCGCCGAAGUCCUUGAGUUGGCUGGAAACGCAAGUAAAGAUCUCAAAGUAAAGAGAAUCACCCCACGUCACUUGCAGUUGGCAAUCAGAGGAGAUGAAGAGUUGGAUUCCCUAAUUAAAGCCACAAUCGCUGGUGGUGGUGUUAUUCCACAUAUCCACAAGUCACUUAUUGGCAAGAAGGGAGGUCAGCAAGCCAAGUAAAUUGGACAUACUCAUUCAUCAGGGAACAAUGUGUAGUGAAUGUGUUAAAAAGAACAAUCUCAUUGUGUAGCUCUUUAGUUUUAUAUGAAUGUGUUAACAUGGUCAUUCACAUCGUAUGACUCCUAGAAUCAUCUGUGUAUCAUUUCAUCCUCUCAUUUUAUAGCUCCUCAUUUUCCUUAGACUCAUUAAAAUUUUUAUCUCGGAAAAAUGUUUUUUCUACAAUUUUAGCAUUCAUUUAUCUUCAUCUUGCUUUUAUGUUUAAUAAAUGGUUGUAAAAUAGACAGAAA